AUGAGGUUGGACACAUCUGUAAUCUAUUAAUAUUAUUUAUCAUAGUAUUUAGCAUAUUUGACUAAAGAUGAAUUAAGAGUUCUAGUGGCUGUGGAAAUGGGGAUGAAAAAUCAUGAAUUUGUACCUGUAUAAUUGAUUGAGAAAAUCUCAAAAGUUAAAAGAGCGAAUGCUUAUUAAAUAUUAUAAUAGUUAUUGAAACAUAAACUUGUUCAGCAUGUUGCUAAAAAAUGUAUAUUAGUAAAAUGAAUUAAUGCUAGAUGAUGGAUAUAGACUCACAUAUUUAGGAUAUGAUUUCCUUGCUUUGAGUGCUUUCUAUAAACGAGGAACUAUUGUUUAAGUUCUUUCUAAAGUAGGAGUUGGAAAAGAAUCUGACAUUUAUAAGUGUAUUAAUUCAGAUGGUAAUUUUGUGAUCCUUAAAUUGGCUCGACUUGGUAGAACAUCAUUUAGAACUAUAAAAAAUAAGAGAGACUAUAUUAAAAACAGAACUUAAUAUAAUUGGCUUUAUCUUAGUAGGUUAGCUAGUAUUAAAGAAUUUGCUUAUAUGGAAGCUUGUUAUAAAAAUGGUUUUCCUACUCCAAAACCUUAUGAUUGGAAUAGACAUGCUAUUGUAAUGUCAUUUAUAGAUGGAUAUACUUUAUGUAGUAUCUAAGAACUAGGAGAUGUAGAUGGUGUCUUUGUUUAGUGUAUUAAUUUAAUUGAGAAAUUUGCAAGUCAUGGUCUUAUUCAUUCUGACUUUAAUGAAUUCAAUCUUAUGAUUACAGAAUAAUAAAAGAUUAUUGUUAUCGAUUUUCCACAAAUGGUUUCCACUUAACAUUUGAAUGCGGACUUCUAUUUUGAAAGAGAUUUAAAUUGCAUUAACAUUUUCUUUUAAAGGAGAUUUAAAGCUAAUUUACAUUCGGAUUUAAAAUUAUAAGAUAUUUAAGUUAUUAAACAUCUUGACAACGAAGUUAAAGCAUCAGGAUUUAUAAAAUCAGAACUUUCUGAUAAUAAAGAACUUGAAAUUUUAGAAGCAGCCCAAUAAGAAUAACAAUAACUAGAAUAAGAAUAAGAUGAAGAAAACUUUUAAUAAGGUGAAGAUUAAGAUUAAUAGGAAGAAGAUGACUAAGAUGAUGAUUAAGAUGAUGAUUAAGAUAAUGAUUAAGAUGAUGGUUAAGAUAAUGAUUAAGAUGAUGGCUAAGAUGAUGAUUAAGAUGAUGACUAAGAUGAUGAUUAAGAGGAUGAUCAAAACGAUGUAUAAGAUGAUAAUGAUAAUUAAGAGGAUGAUAAUUAGGAAAAUGAAAAUAAUUAAGAAGAUUAAAAAAAAUAAAAUAAUAAUAAAUAAUUGUAAAAUGAUACUUAAAUUCCUAAAAAUUUAACUAAAAUUACAGAAUUAGAUCAAAAGAAUAUUAAAAAAUUUGUUUAAAAGAAAUUUCGUAAAAAGAUGGUAAUUAAAAAGAAUAUAAAUAAAACAAAAGGAAUGGAAGACAAUAAAACAUUAACUGAAGAAGCUCUUCAUUAUCUAUGA